AUGAAACCGGGGCUCUCUUGUUGUGAGCUGACAGCAGCCAGUGGCACCAGCCGGCACACCGGACAGCCCCCUGUGCAUCCGGACGACGCGCUUCACGCUGGACACGGCAGACUCGGAGCCCAUCGUGGGGCUCAAGACCCUGCUCUCCCACCAUCCCCUUCUCCACCCGCUCCCAUCACUGCUCCCCCACCUGUUCUCCCAUCAUCCCCUGCUCUGCCCGCCCCCAUCACUGCUCCCUCACCUCCACCUGUUCCCCCAUCAUCCACUGCUCUGCCCGCCGCCAUUACUGCUCCCCCACCUAGAGGGGAUUGUGGGUAA